AAAACAGAGAUGAUCAAACAAUGGCGACUUUGAUUCUAACAUUCUUGCUUCUUCUAGCAACAAAGCUUCCCAGCUCUCUCGCGGGGCACUGCACCACCACGACGGCGACGAAAAGUUUCGAGAAAUGCAUCUCUCUUCCGACACAACAAGCGUCAAUCGCAUGGACAUACCAUCCACACAACGGUACUCUCGACCUUUGUUUCUUUGGAACUUUCAUCUCACCUUCCGGGUGGGUUGGAUGGGGGAUUAACCCGGAUUCUCCGGCGCAGAUGACUGGUUCUCGUGUCCUCAUCGCCUUUCCGGAUCCGAAUUCUGGUCAGCUUAUUCUACUUCCUUACGUUCUUGACUCUUCAGUCAAGCUUCAGAAAGGUCCUCUGCUUUCCCGUCCGCUUGACCUUGUCCGUCUCUCUUCCUCCUCUGCUUCUCUCUACGGUGGUAAAAUGGCCACUAUCCGUAAUGGUGCUUCCGUUCAGAUUUAUGCAUCCGUUAAGCUCUCGUCGAACAAUACCAAGAUCCAUCAUGUCUGGAACAGAGGUCUUUAUGUCCAAGGUUACUCCCCCACUAUUCAUCCCACUACUUCCAUCGAUCUCUCCUCCUUCUCCACAUUCGAUGUCGCUUCAGGAUUUGCAACCGUUAAUCGAAACAGCGGUUCCAGAGCUUUAAAAGUGACUCACGGAGUAAUCAACGCGGUGGCAUGGGGUUUUCUCCUCCCGGCAGGAGCAGUAACAGCUCGAUACCUCCGCCAAAUGCAAUCAAUAGGACCCACUUGGUUCUACAUUCACGCAGCCAUACAGCUAACCGGUUUCCUCCUAGGAACCAUUGGCUUCUCCAUUGGAAUCGUGCUCGGCCAUAAUUCCCCUGGAGUGAGCUACGGGUUACAUCGGAGCCUGGGGAUAGCUACGUUCACAGCAGCGGCGCUGCAAACACUGGCUUUGCUGUUCAGACCAAAGACGACCAAUAAGUUCCGGAGGUACUGGAAGUCUUACCAUCAUUUUGUCGGGUAUGCGUGUGUGGUGAUGGGUGUGGUGAAUGUGUUCCAAGGGUUUGAGGUUUUAAGGGAAGGAAGGUCAUAUGCGAAGCUUGGUUACUGUCUAUGUCUGUCGACGCUGGUUGGUGUCUGUGUGGCCAUGGAAGUUAACUCGUGGGUUGUGUUUUGUCGAAAGGCUAAAGAGGAGAAGAUGAAGAGAGAUGGUUUGACCGGUGACGAUAGAUGCAGUGGGAGUCAUAGUUAGGUCUUGGGUCCUAAUUAUAAGACAAAGAGAAAGAGACACAAUAUCAUUUAUAUAUCUUUGCUUAGUACCCAAAAAAAGAUCUCAUGUACAAUGUACAUUGUUGAGGAGUUUUCAUCACUGUUUAUAGAAGAUUUAGAUCUUGAUUUUGUAAUAUUUCAUGAUUUUCGUUUUAUCAUAAUUAUGCAGUGGGAUCGGGUUCAAAGUUGACUUACC